UUCGGCUGAUUCAUCUUACAGUCUAAAUCUAGACUCAAGAAUCGAACAAAUAUCUCGUGGUUUUGUUGUCUAGUAUUAAGAUCUAGAUCUAGAAUCUAAUAUUUAAACUUUUUAAGCAGUAUGGCUGAUCCAAGAAUCAAACAAAUAAAAAUCAAAACUGGCGUUGUCAAAAGGUUGACGAAGGAAAAAGAAAGCUAUGAGAAAGAAGCUACACAACUAGAAGAAAGACUUGAAAAAAUGAAAAGUGAUGGCAAAGAUGAACAUGAUAUCAGAAAGCAGGGAGAAGUGCUCCAAGAAUCAAGAUCAAUGGUACCAGAUACAAUUAGAAGACUGAAGAAAGCUUAUGCAGAAUUGGAUGAACUACUGGAAAAAGAAUCAGAUUUAGCAGAAGCAGAGGAAUUUGUCCAGGCUAAGGAAGCAUUGAAACUUGCAGAGCCGAUUGUUGCAUAGUUUAACUAAAUGUCUUAUGUCAGCUGAUUUGUGAUUUAUUUUUUUUUAAGUCAAAUUUUGUAAUUCUAAUGCUUUAUUCUGUUUGCUAUUGAAUGUUUUAUAUACCAUGGUAUUGUAUUUUAAUAUAAAUGUGGCUUAAUUUGUUCAUAGUUAAACUAGAGAUUCAAUUAAAACCACCAGCAAUUUUAGAUUAAACUAUCCACUUUCUUGAUGCUUUUUAAACAAAACACCUUAAUGACAUAAACAAUUUGGCGAUAGAACUGUUAAAAAAUUUCAGGGAAAUGAUUCUCAUGAAGUAUAGGGGGAAAGCUUGAUUAAUUUCUGCUAUCUGUAUAAUAUUUCGUCCAACAUGUUAAGUUUUUUUUUAUUUUAAAUCUUUAUAGUAUAAAUAUUUCAGUAGGCUUAGGAGCAAAGAUUAUUUUUUUUAUAUAAACUCAGUUAUGAGCUAUCUGUGUUGAGGCAAUUUCAGAUUUUUAUUGAAAUCAAACAAAAAGAAAAAAAAUUUAAAAAUCACUUCCAAUCAUUUAACCAUACAUUGAAUAUAUCUGUCAAGUCAUGUUUAAAAAUACAAUUCACAUUUUUAUUUUACCUUUGUUGAUCAAAUACAGGGAACUUAUUUUGUGCAUAUAUUAUGUAUCAAAAUAAGAUAACAACAUCUAAACAGUGUAAGUAAUAAACAAAGGUUUUGUUGACAUUAUUAAAUGAAAUAUUUAAAAUUUUAGUUUUGUUUUGUGUCAGUUGGUGCAUUUUAAGUAGAUCUGAAGUAAUGUAUGCAUCGUUUCAAUUCAAAAACAGACUCUGCUGUAAAUAAAUUGUUUUAUUUAAUCCAA